UUUGGGUUUUUUUUAAGUCGAAUAAAAAAAAUCAUGCUCAAAACAUUAUUUAUUUUACUACAUAGCAGUGUUAAUAUAUGUUAGGUUUAUAGAUGAUAGAAGACUACGCAAGGUUACAGAGAUUUGCAGUGAAAGUGAGGCAGUCAUAAUGGAGAGAUGCACACUACAUGGUGCUCACGCUCGGUGGGUGUUGUCUGAGCUCAACCAGCAGAGGGGGCUUGGAAAGUUCUGUGAUGUGAUGCUCAACACUCAGAGCGGUCAGGUGUUCCUGGCCCACCGUAACAUCUUGGCUUGCUUCAGCCAAAUGAUCCAGGACUCGCCUUCCUCUGCAUCAUGUACGGAGAUCAACCUUCCACAAGAGUGUCCCGUUGACGGACUCGAGCUGCUGCUGCAUUUCUUCUACACUGGUGAGCUCCAGCUAAACAGCGAUAACGAGGCGAAGGUUCGACGUGCUGCCAACGGCCUGGCUGUUCCUGAUUCACUAAUUUCUGCACCGGUCAGAACGAAAGGUUCAAGCUAUGGUGAAGACGUUGAAGGGAAGCCACUUUUCCCCUCACUGACCGUAGACACCAAACCGGACUUGACUGCUGUACCACAGUCAGCAUCUCAACAGGAGGUGGAAAGCAAUGGAGAAACCUCAGCGAGGCCAGGAGCAGUUGCAGACCUCGAUGAGUCUCCCAGCACCAGCUCAGCCACUGUUACUCGAUCUGGCAGGAGGGUGAGGGGCCUGAGCAGGCUGGCCAGAGAUGAUGCUGAUGAUGUAGUUCCAAAUCUGAGUGCAACAAGAAGAAGAGCUGCAGCUCUCAAGUCCCAAGAUGAGGGUAUCAUCCCUACUGAUGGAGGACAGGGCAAGACACAAGUGCCGAAUGAGGAUGCUGAGAAGGAAGGACCUAGUGAUGCUCAGAACGAUGCUGCUGAAGAAAACGAUGAGGACAGUGUGGAGAUUUUCAUAGAGGACACGGAUGAAGAGUACACGCCUCACGAUUCACCCGGUGCAACUUCUAAAGGUCCGAGAGGGAAGCGUAAACGGAAAGGAAGCGCCAGCGGUAAAGAAAAUGGAGGCAGCUCUCCGAAAGACCCAAAGAAGAGUUCUGUUCAGUGUCCGACAUGUCACAAAACAUUCCUCAGCAAGUACUACUUGAAAGUUCACAACAGGCGGCACACGGGGGAGAAGCCGUUCAAGUGUGAGAAAUGUGGGAAAUGCUAUUAUAGGAAAGAGAAUUUGCAAGAGCACAAGGCCAGGAACUGCCUCAGCAGGACUGAUAUGAUGUUUUUCUGUUCAAGGUGUCCGAUGAGCUUUAAGAAGAGACAGGAACUGCGUAGGCACACAGUCACACACACGGGCGAGAUGCCAAAUAAGUGCACGUCAUGCCCGGAGCAGUUCAUGCAGAAGAAAGAGCUCAGAAACCACAUGAUCAAAGUCCAUGGAGCUCCAAAACCAUAUGCAUGCCCACUCUGCCCCAAAUGCUUCCUGUCAAGUACUGAGCUGCGCCUCCACGAUGCCGCCAAGCACCGGGGGGAGAAGCUGUUUGUGUGUGAGGAGUGCGGCCACCGAGCGUCCAGCCGCAAUGGCCUCCAGAUGCACAUCAAAGCCAUUCACAGGAAGGAGCGUCCAUUCGUGUGCGAGAUCUGCAACCAUGCCUUUACCCAGAAGGUCAAUUUGAACAUGCACAUCCGCACACACACAGGAGAGAAACCGUAUCAGUGCCACCUCUGCGGAAAGACCUUUCGCACUCAGGCGAGCCUGGACAAGCAUAACCGCACACACACGGGUGAGCGGCCAUACAGCUGCGAAUUCUGUGAGCAACGGUUCACUGAGAAAGGACCACUGCAGCGCCACAUAGCCAGCAGACACCAAGAAGGCCAGCCACAUUCCUGCCACAUCUGCAGCAAGUCUUUUAAAGCUAUCGAGCAGCUUCGUAUACACGUGCGGAGACACAAGGGCAUGAGGAAGUUCGAGUGCACAGAGUGUGGCUACAAGUUCACCAGACAGGCUCACUUGCGACGGCACCUACAGAUCCACAACCGUGUAGAAAACUACAACCCACGCCAGAGGAAGCUGCGCAACCUCAUAGUGGAGGAUGAGGUUACAUCCACCGAGACUACGUCCACUCCUCCAGCAGGACAGGACAUGGCACCCGAGGAGGCCCUGCCAGCCAAAGCAGAAAAUGCAGAGCAGCCAGACUCUGGCACCGUGAAGGAAACCGAGCAGGAAAGCUUUGGCAUGGACGAUGUACUGGAGGUGCUGGUGACAGACACGUUUCCCAUUCAGUCAGAUCUGGUGGUGGAGCUGCAGGAUGGCGGGGCUGAUGAGAAGGCUUGAGGGGGAGAAGAAGAGCAAGGUGCUGCAAGGUACAAUGCUAGGACCAGUUUUGUUCGUUUUUGAGACUGUGCAUGACAGCAGGAUGCAUGUGGCGGCCAUCUUGAAUCCACGUAUGCGUAAAUCAGGCUUUACAGGAUACAUACACUUUGGUGUAGGUUCCAGCUCUUCUUUUAGACCAUAAACAGUCUUAAUAUAGAGGCUAUGAGCGAGGGCUGUUUUUCAUAAUAUUUUACAGAAGUAUAUGGAUAAAACUAGAAUUAAGGAUUUAGAGCAUGAAUAUGCCUGUCUGUUCCACAAAUUGCCCUUAGCAUUCCCUUCACAUGGUGAAAUUUGCUUUUAGACAUCUUCAGACAAGCCUUUUUUUGUAAACUGGCUCUUUACCCAAUGUAGUAUAUGCAGGAAGAUAGUAUAGUGAUUACACAGUAAAUAAAAUCACUGACUGUUUUGGGGAUUGUAUUUAUUGUUUAUGAAAGUUGAGCAACAUCUACAGUUAAAGAUGUUCCAGCGAAAGCAGCGGUCAAAUUAAAUACAAAAUGAAACGGGCGCGUCAAUGAAGGGAAAAGGACGCAGGAUGUGAAAUAUGCUUUAGGUAGCGUUCACUUUAACUUUACGGCAAGUUUAUCUUGGAGAACUUUUGACCUGUGAAUUCACAAACCAGUCUUGGGAGCCAGUAGUCAAUAAGAAGGCGGGACUUGUCUCUUCAGUCAGUAAAAAAUGGAGGAGUUGCUUAUUAUUUCAUCUCAUUAUCUCUAGCUGCUUUAUCCUGUUCUACAGGGUCUCAGGCAAGCUGGAGCCUAUCCCAGCUGACUACGGGCGAAAGGCGGGGUACACCCUGGACAAGUCGCCAGGUCAUCACAGGGCUGACACAUAGACACAGACAACCAUUCACAUUCACACCUACGGUCAAUUUAGAGUUACCAGUUAACCUAACCUGCAUGUCUUUGGACUGUGGGGGAAACCGGAGCACCCGGAGGAAACCCACGGGGAGAACAUGCAAACUCCGCACAGAAAGUCCCUCGCCGGCCACAGGGCUCGAACCUGGACCUUCUUGCUGUGAGGCGACAGCGCUAACCAUUACACCACCGUGCCGCCUUGCUUAUUAUUAUUAUGAAUAAUAAUAAUUAGUAUAAAUACGCAAGUGAUUAUAGAAAAUCGCAUACACUGAUUGGUUGAGAAAUUCAGACUAUUUAACAAUUCUUUGCUGAAGGUGAAGUGAAUAUCGGUGAAUACCCAAGAUGAAGUCGAGGUUAUUGUUCACCAAUAUUCACUGAGCCUGAGGUGGAUAAUUGUUUUAGUAUAAAUACACAGGUGAUUUUUAUUAAAUUUUUUGAAAAAAAAUUGCAUUGAAAAAAAUAUUUAUUUCAAACUUCAGAAG